AUGAUUGCGUUCUUGAGAAAUUCAGUGCCUGCAUACAACGUGUCCAUAUACUGGGUGGAUGGUACAGUGGAAGACGUCCUGCAGGCUGGCAAACCAGCACUGGUGAAGUGCACAGCUCAUGGUGCUUACCCGCAGCCGGAAUUGGACUGGCUGUUAAACCACCAUCAUCUCACGCAACACAGCAAUCAGAGUUGGAGUAACGCGACCCAUACCUCGGUAUCAUUGCUACAGCUAAAUCCAGCUGUACUGGAUAACGGAGCUACACUCGCGUGCAUAGCCACCAACCCCGCUAUGGCACCCAGCAGGGGCUCAAAGGCCGACGUCAUUACGCUCAAUGUGACCUGUGAUCCGUCUGCUCGUCUGCCCCCUAUCCCAUAAAAAAAAAAGUCGCCACAAAAUGAUUUAUUCUUCAAUUCUGAAUUCCACGAUCAAAAGGUUUAAAUUCAAAUUGAAAUAUUUGGCCUUUCGUAGCAUCUGACUUGCUGUUGUAUAUUGGAAAUGUGUUAUUUGACAGAUAGUCCAAUUGUGGAGGUGACGAAACUUGGUGACGGGAAACUGAACGAGCUGGUGGAGCUGGAUAGUCUUCAUCUAGAAUGCGAGGAUAGUCAGAUAACUUCGGGUGGAUUCUGGGGUGAUGAUGUACACUCGUCUAAAUUAUUUGUGGAGGAAGCGACUCGGAGGAACACUGGCCGGUACUCUUGCGCAGCCGGUAACGCCGUCGGCGAGACUAGAGCCGACGCAAUAAAUAUCACUGUGCAUUAUCCACCAGAAUGUGCUGAACGCGGUGUGGUCCUAAUAAGAGAGACAAUUAAAUGUAACGUCCGCUCGCUGCCGACACCGGACACUUACUUUUGGCACGUGCAACCAACAGGGUCGGAGCUUCAACAUCUCACCACCGGCUCCCCACUCCUCACACUCUCCCAAAUCACAGGACCACUAUCAGGUACUUUAAAGGUUACGUGUGAAGCAAGUAAUGGCGUAGCUUCACAAGACCAGCCCUGUGUCCGUACCUUCAGCUUGGAACAACUACGACCACCACAGCCGCGGCAGUGCGACUUGGCAUAUGAACAUGAAGAAUUCCACAUCAGGUGUAUGCCAGUCGAAAACGCAACAUACUACGAGCUCUCUGUUUGGCGGAUGUCCCCAUCCAAUUCUUCACUAGUACUCGAGCGACGAGGAUCUAUGGGAUUUGGAUCGCGACAAGCGCUAGCUCAAGGAGGGGAUAUUAUCAGUGGAGUGGGGACGGUGGGGAGUGUUGUAGGUGCGUGGGUAGUACGUGGGGCAUUGGGAAAGCUUCGGGCAGCAGACGAAGCAGGAGCAGCGGCCUGUAACCGCUACGGCUGCUCCGACCCUUUGCUGUUGCGGCCUACCGACAAUCUGCUGUUGGCUGCUUCUCCGCCUUGGUGGCAUUUCGUAAUGGACAAGGACGUGGGUAUAUCUGUGGGUGCUGUGGUGCUGGUGUGCGUGUUCCUCAUCUCCACCGCGCUGGUGGUAAAAUUGGUGCGACGCCCUCGCUCCAAGACUCCCACGCCCGUCAUACAGGUGUUACAGCUCGAUGACGUCACCAGGAACUACAUCGACAAUAUCGCUGAUAACAAAGUGCGUGCGUCAUGCAGCCUGCGAUCGUGCAGCAGUGGUUAUUCAGACGGUUCCACGCUCGAAGAACAACCACCCCCGCCACUGGAUCGCAGACGGAAGCCGAACACCCUCAUAGCACACGCCGCUCACGCUACACUCUCUGCGCAUGAUACGCGCGCCGCACACGACAUAUCCGCCUGGGAACAUUGGGAUGCGCCACCACCUGACGUCACGCUGACACUGCAUAGGGAAAGUGCUGUAUGA